AUGUCCCAGACCGCAGGGCCCGCCAAAGGCGCCACCACGACCACAACAGAAUCGCUUCUCGACACCUCAAUCACUCCGCCGCUCCAAGCACGAAAGACUCGCGAUCAUGCGAGUCGCGAUGCGCUACUGAACCCCUUCUCUGACCCUCGGCAGCGUGCUCGCUCGUCAAGCGCUGUGGGCCAUUCCACGCCCUCUCAUUCUGCACCCCGUCGCAGUGCCAGCAACGCGCACUCGAGGCACAGGUCCACGAACAGCCGCGAUGCCAAGCCGCUCGAGUACAUGAAGUCGCACAAUCGCAGCGCCAACAGGACGCACAGGCGAGGAGCGAGCCUAAGCGACCCGAUCGAUGCGCUUGACACAAUCGGGGGAGGAUACCACCAUGAUGGACCAUACGAGGCGACGCUGGCCUCGAGAAACAGGAACCCAAAGUACGCGCCCCUCAACGCCGUCCGGGACUCUAACAACGAGGCGCUCCGCGCGACGCCGAGGGAAUUCAUCGAGGACUCUUUGCGGCUGCACGUGCCGCUGCAGGGCGUGGCGACCAUCCCGGCGGGUAUGGCGCACGGCGAUCAGGUCAUGAACUACAAAGAGGGCGCCGAUCUGAUGCGAGAAGAAGACGCUGAAGGCGGUGCGUACAAGCGCUGGGAAGGCGUCAAAUACCACCCGGAUGAUCUCAAAGGCAAGGGCGAGCCGAGCUACACGUAUGAGCGAGAUCAGGUUCGCAAGGGCAAGGGACUGCUAGAGCCCGAAGGGAUCGAAUUACGCCCGCAGAAUCGGAGGGCUCACAGCAGUGGUGCCCAUGGCAGUGCUUCUACCGGACGUGAGGGCGGCGACAUUAGGCGGAGCAAUACUACCGGCAAGAAGCGGCUCAGCGAUGGUUUGAAGCGGCGUUUCGGCGUAAAGAAGGACGUGCCUGCCGGGGAGGUGCAUUGA